UUUUACCACUGACUUUAUUCUAGAGUAAGAGCUGAGCAGUGUUUUGUAGUCUUUGGAUAUUUCUUGCAGUGUGGAGCCUCCUGUGGCCGUGUUUUCCAACCAACCGUUUUCUCUGUCACUCUUCCUCUGUGUCUCUCUCACACACACUAACACUUCCUCCCCAUCAGUCCUGUGCAGCAGCAGCAGCAGCAGCAGCAGCAACAGCUUCUCCUCAGAGAUGGAGAGCUGGUAGAAGCGCAGCAGCAGCGGCGGCUCUCCCCUCCACCACCACCUCCUCCUCCUCCUCCUCCUCCUCCUCCUCGCUCCGGUGGGUGUUGUUGGAUGUACCAUGAGGUCUCCGCGGCUCUGGGCAGCUCUCUGCCUCCUCCUCACCGCCUCCUGCCGGCUCUGCGCGGCCGCCCGACACGGCUGUCUGUUUGAGAAGAAGCUCUGUGCCAGAGACCAGCUGUGCAACGAUGACGGUUUGUUCGGACAGUGUCUGGCUCCUCACCAGGAGCCCGUCCUCUACCGGGUGUCUGUACCUGUACUGCACAAACUGCAGGAAGUCCUCAAAGAUCUGAUGGUGCAAGGUCUGACCUGGAGGGAUGACGUCACCCAGGCGAUCAUCGCUCGAGAGUUGAGCCGCAUUCCCACCAUCAGUUCCUCCUCAAAACUUCACGAGACGUCGCCCAAACAGUCCUCCAGGCUGUUGGGCGCCGGUCAGCGGAGGGUUCAGGGACCCGAGGAUGCCGCCGACCCAGAGGAGAUGCAGCAGUACGUGGACUACAUGAUCCUCGAUCCCUCCCGAUCCUCCGUCCACAUGCAGACGCCCCUGUUGGACCCCUACAAGUACCGCCAGCAGCAGUUCGGCUAUCAGGAGAAGGCAGAACGUUCCCUCAACUCCCUGGACGAUAAUCCAGCCUUCCCCUUCCUCGCCUCCUCUGCUCGCUCCAGCUCCGGAGGAAACUCCAUAGACCGAGACCGGCAGCUGCUCCAGGACCUUGUCUCCUUUUACCUCACCUCUCCCUCCUCCUCCUCCUCUUCUUCUUCCUCUUCCUCCUCUUCCUCCCCUGUGCAGACCCUCUCCCGCCACAGGGGGGCGAUACCAGCAGCAGCAGCAGCUUUCCCUUCCUCGUCCUCCUCUCCAUCCUCGUCCUCCUCCUUCUUCCCGGAGUUGGACUUCCCGCUGGACUACGGCGAGGACUACGGCGAGGACUACGUUUCCCAGGUCGCACAGCUCAGCAAGCAGCAGCAGGCGGAGAAGAAGGCGCAGGCGGCGUACGACGCCCUGGCAGGGCUGGACGAGCGCUCUCUGAAGCGUCUGGCUCUGCUGCUCGAUCACUACGGCCUCGACGUGAAGGAUUUGUUCCCCGAGCAGAGAGACGACCUGCCGGCUACUCUGAAGCAGCUGCAGCUGGAGAGCUCCUACGCAAACAAACAAGGCAAAGAUAAAUAUGGAAACAAUGCUGCUGUUGGAAAGAAGGUUACAGAGAGUUCGAUGGCGUACAAGAUGGCCGCCCUCAAGGCUCCACCCUCCACCAUAAAGACCGCCGAACCAGUCCGGGCUCAGAAGGAGACGACUCCUCCGGCGGCGGCCAAUCAGGACAAACUGGGAAAGAAGGAACCGGUGGCGUCCAAGACGGAGGAGUACGGCUACAUCGUCACCAACCAGAGCCCCCUCAGUCUGAACGACGGGGUGCGUCUGCUGCAGCUGCUGUCAGAGAGGAUCGGCCUCUCCACCAGCUCCUCCAUCAACAUCAGUGUGGUCGGACCUGCGAUCACCUUCCGGAUCCGACCGAACUCCAAGAACCUGACGGCGGGAGACGUGGCGGAGAAAGCCGUUGCAGAGAAGAACUUCCUGGAGUCUGAGACGGGGCUGAAGGUGCUGCAGAGCGGCGUCGGAGAGAGGAAUGAUGGGAAAGCGUUGCCCCUGGCGACCAGAGUCCAGCCCGGCUCCCGCUCGGUGUUUGCCGCGCUGGUGGCCAUGGCCUGCAUUGGAGGCAUCCUGGUGGCGGCCAUGACCAUCGCCUGCCUGCGUCACCACGCCCACCGGCUGGCGGCGAAGAAGCUGGGCCUGGGACCCGAGGGAGGCAGCUUCAGCCACCAGGAGUACCAGCACAUGGCCUCCAAAGGCGCCUUUGGACGCCUGGAAGCUGCCGCCCUGGGCGCUGUGGGAGGAGCGGGCGGAGGAGCAGGUGGAGGAGGAGGAGGAGGAGGAGGAGGAGGAGGUGCUGGCGUCGGAGGAGGAGCAGGAGCAGCAGGAGGCGGAGGUGCCGACUCGAGGGUGAGCAGCGUCUCGUCACAGUUCAGCGACGGAGCCCAGCCCAGCCCCAGCUCCCACAGCAGCACGCCGUCAUGGUGCGAGGAGCCAGCGCAGGCCAACAUGGACAUCUCCACCGGUCACAUGAUCCUGGCUUACAUGGAGGACCACCUGAGGAACAAGGACCGUCUGAUGAAGGAGUGGGAGGCUCUGUGCUCCUACCAGGCCGAGCCCAGCGCCGUCUCCGUGGCUCAGAGCGACGCCAACGCCAAGAAGAACCGCUGCUCCGACUCUGUACCCUAUGAUCACUCGAGGGUGAAGCUGAAAGCGGAGAUCAACCCUUCACGCUCCGACUACAUCAACGCCAGCACCAUAAUUGAACACGACCCCCGGAUGCCAGCUUACAUCGCCACCCAGGGCCCGCUGUCACACACCAUCUCCGACUUCUGGCAGAUGGUCUGGGAGAACGGCUGCACGGUGAUAGUGAUGAUGACGGCUCUGGUGGAGGACGGAGAGAAACAGUGUGACCGCUACUGGCCUGAUGAAGGCUCGUCCCUCUACCACAUCUAUGAGGUGAAUCUGGUGUCGGAGCACAUCUGGUGUAACGACUUCCUGGUGCGAAGCUUCUACCUGAAGAACGUGCAGACGCAGGAAACCAGGACGCUCACUCAGUUCCACUUCCUCAGCUGGCCGGCUCAGGGCAUCCCCACCUCCACACGCCCCCUGCUGGACUUCCGCAGGAAGGUGAAUAAGUGCUACCGAGGACGAUCCUGCCCCAUCAUCGUCCACUGCAGUGACGGUACAGGUCGGACUGGGACUUACAUCCUGAUUGACAUGGUUUUGAAUCGUAUGGCUAAAGGUGUGAAGGAGAUCGACAUCGCUGCGACGUUGGAGCACGUUCGGGACCAGAGACCUGGGAUGGUUCGUACCAAGGACCAGUUUGAGUUCGCGCUGACGGCCGUCGCUGAGGAAGUCAACGCCAUCCUCAAAGCUCUGCCCCAGUGAAACCAGUGAAACCAGCUUCCUGUCCGCUGACCCUGACCCCCCUCCCCUUUCCCCCUUCUCUCCUCUCGCACUCACACUCUUGUCUUACUCUGCCUUUUUCUCUCUACAAUGAUGACGAUGAUUAUCAUGAUGAAGAAUGAGGUUGUGAUGCCUUGAAACAUUAACGGUGAUGUCACAAUAAACAAACCUAUCAGGUGACGUCAGGAAGGAUUUACGCAGGCGCGGAUCUGAUUUUUAGGUAUUUUGUGGAGCCAAUAUGAUGCGUUCAAGUGUAUCAGGGAUGUUUGGCUGCUCAAAAGUGUUGCAUUCACAGGUAAUCUGAACUAUUUUACUAAAACACCUUGAGACAAACAGGUGAUAAAGCUAAAUGUGUGUUUUCCCAGCAGACUAACACACUCAUAACUUGAAAUUUCAAACUCCUCUGAUGUUGCUUUCCCGCCUUUUUCCGAACCACCUGAUAGCUUGGAGAAUGAGCCUCAGACUAUUUAAACAUCAGAUUUUUCUUCUACCUGUUGAAAUCCAGCCUGAACGCCCGGUAGAUAUUUUCCAGUUGAAGCCAGAUUGAAGCAGAAAUUUGCUUUUUUUUUUUCUCCCCGUCGUUUGUGGUUGAAGUUUGUUGUAAACUGUGCUGCUGUUGGGAUCAUCGUGUUUUUGUCUCAGAGAGGAAGCAACAUGACUUAAAAUGUAUUUUAAAGCAUCAAAAGGCUUUUAUAAAAGCUUAAAUUGUUCUAAAAUGAUAAUCUUGAGGGGGGAAAAAAAAGUAUUAAAUUUGUACUGAUACUGAUAAAGUGUAGAUUUGCUGCUGGUUGUAACUUCCUGUCUUCUCCUCACAUGACUAACGACAUACAGCGUCCUUCUCUUCGUGUGCCAUUCAGAUCAUUUUAAGUCUCUGGAUAUAUUGUUGUUUACCUCACGCAAGUCAGAAAAUGAAAUAAAAAAAAGAAAUGCUAUUCUAUGAAGAAAAAAACAAGCUAUUUUGUAACUGUGAGAACCUUCAAUAAAUCUUUUCGUGUUUAA